UCUUCUCCGGUCCAAGAACUUAUCUGUGAACAAUUAUGUAAGAGAGACGAGCGCUAUCUAAGUCACUGAGCGCCUCAUACAACUCGCACAAACACAUAACAAAUAGACAUACACAACCCCUGUCUUUGACUGACUCACUGAGCGUCUGAUAAGAUAUCCAAGUACAACCUUCCCUCCGUGAGAUCAGCAAUGCCAGAAACCACCGUCAUCUAUACACACGGACACCAUGAAUCCGUCCUGCGCUCCCACAGCUGGCGCACCGCCCAAAACUCCGCAUCCUACCUCCUCCCAUACAUCAAACUAAACAUGCACAUCCUCGACAUAGGUUGCGGACCAGGCACCAUCACCCUCGAUUUCGCUACCCUCGUCGGGCCCGCAGGACACAUUACAGGCAUAGAGCCUUCCCCCGGAGACGUCCUCUCCCAAGCUCGCGAAACAGCCGCAUCGCGUGGGAUCACGAACGUAGAUUUCAAAACCGGAGAUAUCUUUGAACUAGAAGAGAUGUUUGAAAGCCGUAAAUUUGAUAUCGUGCAUGUGCAUCAGGUGUUGCAACAUAUCGAUCGGGAGAGGGUAUCGGAGGCUUUGAUGCAGAUGAGGGCUGUUACGAAGCCUGGGGGGAUCGUUGCUGUUAGAGAGACGGACUUUGCUGCGAUGACUUGGUUCCCUGUUUCUGGUGGGAUGACGGAGUGGGUGGAUACGUAUCAGCUUGUGGCGCGUGCAAAUGGGGGAGAACCUAAUGCGGGAAGGAGGUUGGUGAGUUGGGCGCUUGGGGCAGGGUUCGCGAGAGAUAAGAUCACGACUUCGGCGGGGGCGUGGUGUUUUAGUACACCUGAAGAGCGAGAGUGGUGGAGUAGGAUGUGGGCUGAUCGAACGCUAUCGUCGAAUUUUAAGACGACGGCGCUUAAGAGUGGGCUCGCAGAUGAGGAGAAGUUGAAUAGAAUUGCAGAUACAUGGACGGAAUGGGGUAAAACAGAGGAUGGCUGGUUCGCUAUCCUAAACGGCGAAAUCAUCUGUCGCGUAGACUGAUGGCAGGCAGGAUAUACAUGGAUUCGAUUAUUAUUAUCAGAAAUAUCGAGAAAUGCGAUGCAAAAAAAGAUGCAGCAGAUAAAUGACAAGGGUC